AUGCUCCAUCGUUCGACGCUCGACCUUUCGACGCAAGAUUCGACUUGGCGCCGAGGCAAUUUGGCCAAUGGUUGCACCAAUAGCGGGUCACGUUUGGGCCGUUCGUCAUCCCCAUUAUCAUCUUCGGUACAUGUAGCCAUUGCGACUAACGCACAUUUGUAUGGCGCCGAAUGGCCUCGUCCCACUGACAGACAAGUUCACGCACACACAUGGGCGCAUGCUCACAAUGUCGAAUGGCAAGGGGGCGAGUGUCUGAUCAUAGCAGAGGCGCCGGAAAAGCGUAGACCAUCUUCUGUCAACCUUGCGUCGGUCGCAAGUGGCCCGUCGAUUCUCGAGGCGGUACCGACUGGCGACUCGCCCGGCCACUAA